UCUAGUUGCAAAGUUGAAAUAUUUCUUUUGUUGCUCUUAAAUCCACAGGUAGGCAUCUCAAGCUGGGACUUCAACUCUUCUUACUUGCAUUUCUCUUCACCAGAAGCAAAGGCAAAGGUCAUCACUGUGACGUCACGAGGAACAUGGCGCUUUUCAAAUAGGAGCAUUAACCCAGACUGGGUCACCAAUCCGAAGUACACCUCUGUCAAAAUCAUCAACUCACAAUCCACGUAUCACGUUGGGGACACUCUUGUUCUUGAAGUCAUAGCAAGGGAUGGCAACAAACGACGAAAGAUGUAUGGCGGUGACUACCUUGUCGCAGUUUUACGAGACAAAGCUCAAUCAGCCAGUACAAUGGGUAGGGUGCAAGACCACGGGAAUGGUCUGUACACCGUUAGCUUCCUUCUCAGUUUCCCGGGAAAGGUGACGCCAGAAGUACAACUAAUCCACCCAAGCGAAGCGGUACAACUUCUGAGGGAACUCAGAGAGGUUCCCAGCAAGAGAAGUUGGUCUUGUGUAUUUACAGGUGAAACAGAGAACGUUAAGGCGAAAUGUACUCUCCUUGCAAGCCGAUCUCUCGAAUUGUCAAGUCAGUGCGACUUCUCCGUGUUAAACACAAGCCGGACUUGGUUUUGCGCCAAAUCAAAUGCAACGUCCUGUGACAGCAUCACGAAGUGUAAAUCCUCUUUGGACACUGUGGAUGAAGUUACGACAACCGCAGAGCGUCAGCUUUUCCAACGGCCUUUCUUUCGGAUGGAUCUACUUGCUGAUACGAAAAUACCGAUCAACGUCUUGUACAGUCAGGAAAACGCGACUGCAAAGAGAUCACUACCGUUUUGCCAUCCUCGUUUGCAGAAUUCCGAAUAUCAGGGUUUCCGGCUCCGUGGCACAUGGCACUCGUUGUCCUGUAAAGUUCGACAAUUCAGUCCGCUGGAUAUCACAAAAUGUUUGGCUAAUCGAACAGUGCAUUUUAGAGGUGACUCUACUUGCCGGCAAUGGAUUGAACGAAUUGGACAACUAAAAACAAUGCAUCUAGAGUAUGGGGACCUAUAUUUUAAAAACUACACUAACUACAGGAGCAAAAUUAUGGCCACAUUCAAGUUCCAUACUGUCCCUAUCCAAUCUUCCUUUUGGUGGACGUUUGAAAACUUGAGUGAUACUGGCGUUUCUAACGACAUCAUGAAAAUGAUCGGCGGUGAGAAUGUUGUGCUUGUACUGAGCCUGUGUUCACACUUCACAGCCGAACCUACCCACGUCUACGCCUCCCGAAUGUUCGAAGUGAGGUCCGCAAUAGAAAAACUUCAAAAGAAGUAUCCUAAAACCAUGGUGAUCGUGAAAUCGUGCAACACACGAAACCAACGUCACUACAGGGAAGUCGUUCAGAUGUCUGACUGGCUGGCGGACCAAUUAAACCAGGAAAUGAGGAGCAUUCUGGGAAGUUUGAACGUCGCCAUCUUGGAUGUGUGGGACAUGACCGUGAGCCAGUGGUAUCCCUAUAACAUACAUCCGCAUAGGCACGUAGUAGAAAACGAAUUAAACAUUCUUUUGUCUUAUAUAUGCCCACUGAUGACGGAAAAUGUGUAAUUUUGUUUUGCAAAAUAUACUAUGACGUUGGUAAGUGUCCAAUUUUAGGGGUGGACACCAUUUUUGCUUCUAGUAGAAACCGGUUCUCCUUCUUGGAACGUUCCGGAAUAACCCGACCUGAAAAUAAAAUAUCAUUAGACCGGCAUAACACAGUUAACCCUAUUCA